AUGGAUACAUCAUGGGAUCCUUGUCAACGACCUUUUAGUGGCAAAGCCUCAACAGCGACGAAAUCAUACUCUACUAAUUUGUCUUUAAUGAAAGGUGUACCUUACUUGUCACUAUCGGUCUAUUUUAAACAAGCUGACCUUUUUCGUCAAGUAGCACAAACAUGCAGAGCAUUAUUGCAAAAGCAAGGCGUACAUUCCAUUAUAAGUAUGACUGCUGCUGGAUUCACUUAUACGGGUAUAGGAGAUACAGCAUGUUGUAAUACUUGUAAACUAGAAAUAUCUAAUUGGACAUUAGACAUGAAGCCAUUUGCUAUUCAUGCGCAACGCAGCCCAACAUGUGCAUUUGUUCGUUCUAUCGUGCCCAAUGCAAUAAUCCCUGCGCCAUCAACGAUAAAUUUUAUUGCAACAACUUCAGCUUUAAUGGAUGAUGACCAACAAUCUAAAAGACAGAAAAUCGAAGCAACACAAGUCAUUUGUCAGCUAUAUCGACUGAUCGAUAUUGACAUGAUCAAACAAAUACGAAAACGAACAUUUACCCAUUGGCCACAUCGAACAUCACCUUCAAGUGCACAAAUGAUUGAAGCUGGAUUCUUCAAUUGUAAUGUUGGUGAUCGUGUCAUUUGUUUAUAUUGUAAUAUUAUUUGUCAACAAUGGACACCUCACACAGAUGAUCCCUGUGAAAUACACAAAACACUUUCUCCUACAUGUCCAUAUGUCAUUGCACUGCUAAAGCGCCAGGAAAUAUCAUCAAUUCGUAUCGUUAAUGAACAGUUCACGAGAGAUAACUCUAUAGGAACCACAAAUAACGGUAUGUUUCGGAGUCAUGAAAUUGUUUAUACUGCAGCAUGUCAUACAAAUUAUACUGAAAUUCCUAAACGUCAUGCUUCUUUUUCUACAUGGCCAAUAGAAAAUUUGCCAUCUGUUGAUGAUCUAGUGAGAGCAGGCUUCUUUUAUACUGGUAGCAAAACUAUUGUGACAUGCUUCUAUUGCAAUGGGUCAUUGCAAAACUGGGGAGCUAACGAUAAUCCAAUGAUUGAACAUGCUCGAUGGUUUCCACAUUGUGCAUAUGCUAAACAGCUGUGCGGUGCAGACCUGUAUCGAAAAAUCCAAGAAUCAAAAAGAACUCAACAAGGUUUACUGUGUGUUUUUUUUGUUCCAAUCAAUCAAGAUUUACUCAUUGUAUUAUUGUAUUUAGAAAGAGCUAAUGUGAACGAACUCAGUAGACGAUUUGGAAGCGGUGACGUUCCAAUGAGUAGAUGGCAGCUUAAUAUACAAGAUGAGAAUACUCUAUCACGGUACGUAGCGGCACGACUUGAUUUACCUAUUUCACAAAGUUUACUUGACCGCAGUUAUAAAUUGUCCAUCAUUAAACGCUGUUGGGAAGAUCAACUUAGAUUGAAACGUAAGUGA